AUGGCGGAGGCGAAGAUUUCUCCCGGCAAGAAACGGUUCGGCAAGCUCUUGGGCCUUACGCUGGUGGGUUUGGUGACGUUGUUUAUUGUCUUUAACGUUGGAUCUUUUGGCGGAUCUGGCCGCAUCAACUCGGCUCCAAUCCUGGAAUCUAAUGGAAGAUACAAAGUUGACCAGUUAAAGUAUCCAAAAUACACCGGCCGUAAGGAAAAAGCUACGUUUGUGACGCUGGCACGUAACGAUGACUUAUAUUCGUUGCUUCCUGCGAUAAAAUCGGUGGAGGACCGGUUCAAUCACAAGUUUCAGUACGAUUGGGUGUUUCUCAACGAUGAGGAGUUCACCGACGAGUUCAAGAGAGUGACCAGCUCGUUGGUCAGUGGAACCACCAAGUAUGGAUUGAUCCCUAAGGAGCAGUGGAGCUUCCCACCCGACAUUGAUCAGCAAAGGGCCGCUGAAACCCGUCGUCAAAUGAAGGCGGAUAAGAUCAUCUACGGAGACUCGAUUUCGUACAGAUUCAUGUGCCGGUACGAGUCCGGGCUUUUCUAUCGGCAUCCGCUGAUGCAGGAGUACGAAUGGUACUGGCGUGUGGAGCCGGACGUGAAGCUAUACUGUGAUAUCGACUAUGAUGUCUUCAAGUUCAUGAGGGAGAACAACAAGAAGUAUGGUUUCACCAUCUCGAUCAAGGAGUAUGAAGCUACCAUCAAGUCGCUGUGGGCCACUACAAAGCAAUUUAUCGACCAGCAUCCAGAGUACUUAGCCAAAAACAACAUGCUCGACUUCAUCAGCGAUGACGAGGGGUCCUCCUACAACCUGUGCCACUUCUGGUCUAACUUUGAGAUCGCAUCGUUGGACCUGUGGAGGAGUCCCGCCUACUCUGCCUACUUCGAACACCUGGACAAGGCCGGCGGAUUCUUCUACGAGAGAUGGGGCGACGCCCCGGUGCAUUCCAUUGCCGCGGCUCUGUUCUUGAACCGUGACGAAAUUCACCAUUUCGACUCGAUGGGUUACUUCCAUCCGCCCUUCCAUGCGUGUCCAGUGGACGACGACGUGAGACUGAGCCACAAGUGCGACUGUAACCCGAACCAGGACUUCACCUGGAAGGGCUACUCCUGCACUACCAAAUUCUACACUGUCAAUGGAUUGACAAAGCCAAAGAACUGGCAACUACAUGCAGAGUGA